AUGGCGCUCCAAACGACCAUCCGCCUCAUGAGCCAUCACAUGCUACCCAAACGAUCUACUAAUGCUCAAUUAGAUAGACACAAACUGGAUCAGGAUGUUCGCAGUGGGGCGGCAGGAGCGAAGACGCUUCAACUUGAACUUGCGAAAGCCCUCAACGAGCUCCAAGACCCCACCCCGGCCAGCAUCAACUCCACGCUGCUCCAGACCUGCCAGAAUCACUACCCGGUGGAAAGGAAACCCACUCCUGCCUCUAACCCCAUAGUGCAACACCUGUGGCAGAAGCGGCGUGAAGCUGAGUACGCGGCCGACAACGGCGACCAGCGCACUGUCUACCAGGUGGUCCGUAGAUUGGCACCUUGGCAGCCUAGGCGCAGGGUUAUGAUCAAAGAUCCUCAGGGCAGACUCCUCACACUCCAACAGGAGCACGAGGCACUGGUUAGUUACAGUGAGGAUUUGUUUGCUCCGGACACAGAUCAGCCCGACCGUACGGAGCAGGGCCUUCAGUUGGUCUUCACGGUGCAGGAAAUUGAGUCGCAACUGAAAUCAAUCAAGAUCGGCAAAGCUGUCCCUCCCAAUGUUGCCCCGGCCUCGGUCUGGCGCCUAGCAGCGACGCAGGUUGCAGAACUGCUGAAACUGGCUUUUGAGCACUCCCACCAGCCGGGGAUCACACUUCCCAUUCAAUGGACAGACGCGUGGAUAGUCUGGCUCCGAACCCUCGUCCCUCAGACCAAUAUGACUCAUGCGCUGGCCACCUCGCUCAGGGGCCUUGGGGCGGAUGAAAACAUGACUGCCGCCAUCAUUUCCCUCUUAGACACAUCACGGCAAGCCACUACCUUCGCGGACGACACGUUAGUGCAAUGGCUCAUCGAGACCUCAGAAGACAUUGCACAACUAAGCAGUUUCAUCAACAAACUUCUGGGGGUCAUGCAUGACUUGGGGCUCCUGGUGAACAUCACUAAAACAGCCUGUGCUGCUUCCAGCGCUACCUUCGGACUCCUUGCUUUCGCACCCUCGGCGAAGGCAGUGGCGCUUCUCAGGGGCUGGUUCUAUCGCCAACUAAGAGCCGUUGCUGACUCCCCUGCCCAUAUCACGCAUGAGAGCAAUCAACAUCUUAGACAGAGACUUGGGGUUCAGGAUCCGGUUGACGCCACGGUUCAGCCACUUAGACACAAACUAGAGAAGCUCCGGGUAGCUGAGCCGAGCAUCAUCAAUCAACAACAAACUAUUCAGUACUGGGAGGGCAUGUUGCAGCAAUACCUCAUCUUUCAUACGGACAAUACAGAGGUUGAGCCCAGUUCCAGGCUGCUCUCGGUGCCCGCGCAGCAGACACAGCCGGUGGCCUGCACGGUCUGUGGCGUGUACUUCCCGUCAACCAAAGCCAUGAAUCACGUGCUCAACAACGUCUGUGCUUGGCAGCAGCGACCCGGCCCCACUCGGGAUGCCGAGACACAGGUCACGGUGUAUCAACCAGACAGGCACGCUCGGAGCUGCACGGUCAUCUUUCAAGUUGCGCUGGCCACUGCAUGGCAUAAAGUUGGGGCGCCGGAAACGGCCCCCACCACGAGGGAUGUGAGAACAUGCAUCACGGCAGAGUUCCUUGCCAGGCAACUAGAUCCCGCCACGUAUCAGCAGGACACACGUGAUGCUGAUGAUAAUGAAGUGAUUGACAUGCUGACACGGCAUUGUGGUCUCUGCCUACAGACCUUGACAAAUCAACAGGACUGGAGACGGCACUGUGCCCACCAGCACCAGGAGAGUUGGAAGCAGGCGCUGCAAGAGGUGGCCAACAUGUGGGGGCAACACAGCCCAAUGGAGCUCAUCAUGCGAGAACGACCGACCGAAGAGGAGACCGAAGGGCGGAAAUUUCGUCGCAGAGAGGGCAAAGGCCCGGGCAAAUCCAAAAGGGAGCCGAUGGCGGCCCCGAAUCACACGAACCAGCAGCUGGCCAGGCAAGUACAAGUACUGACCAAGUACGUCAGCCAGCACGCGAUGGCCCUGCAACUGCUGGAAGCAGACAGAAGCUGGGUACUCUGGAUGGACUCUGGAGCGCUGGGAAUUAUACCCCAGCUGGUCAAAACAACGGCCACUUGGAAGGAGAGCCGAGAGCAAAACAAAUGCAACUGCAGCCUAAGGCAAGCCCUUCUGGGGGCACUCCUGCUAGAACUGCAGGCACGGCUGGCACGAAUGGAGGAGGACAAGGCAGCGCAGGCCCCACUCAUUCAGCGGAAGCUGCUUACCGCGGAGCCAAUGGCGUGGACGUACACACGCUGGAAUCCAGACAAGAAGAUUCAGGAGCCCAAGGAGGGAAACGUGCUCUCUCAUCAGGAUGCAAAGGAGGCGAUUCACCUCCUGAAGAGAGAAGUCCUCAAGCCCAAUGUCACACAGAGAUUCCAUGCCCUGGGAGGAGUCAAGAAGGACAGGCCAGGGACCACGACAUUCGUGCUGACGGUCUCCUUGGAUGCCGACGCCCGGCCCAACAUCAACAAGGCGCUGCUUGCCCUCACGGACUCCGCAGCCACCUCGCUCAGAGGCGCACGGAUCAGGCCGGAGAGAAGUCACAAGCCACUGCCGGAGGACCUACAGCGAGCCAUCGAUGAAAAAGAGGACACAGCCGUGACGAGCACUUUGCCGAUCCGCCUAUGCGUUUUGGAGAAUCCAUCCAAUCUUUGCUACCUGAACUCCACGGUUCAAGCACUCCUGCACUUGUUUGACCAGGUGAAAGCAGCCGAUCGGGCAGGUUUCGGCAGCCUGCGCCCUAUGCUCAACGCACUGAAGAAAUGCGCUAAGCCACAGCAGCUGAGUAGACGCAAUGAUUGCAUGAAACUCCUACAGGGAUGGCAUGACCUGCAUCAACAACAUGACGCCGCAGAGCUACUCCAGCACCUCACUAAGGACGGGGUCCCUAGGAUUUUGGCUGGGAGAUGGGAGUCGAGGGUCUCAGGCAUUAGAGAGCACGAGCCGGCGAUCAUUCGGGCAUGGAAUACGGCUGUACCGUUAAUCCCCCUUCCCUGUAGCGGUUAUGCCACGACCCAGCUUGCACUAGACUCUUGGAUGACACAACCGGGCCCCCGCAACGAGGCCUAUGUGACGGCACUGGCUGCGGCUCCUGCAAUACUGAGCGUCCAGCUUCUAAGAUUCCAGGAAAAGGGUGGACGCAUCAAAAAAGUCCGCAGCCCAGUCACCAUCAACCCGGUCAUUCAAGUUCCCACUUUCACAGCAGACCAUACUCAGCAGCUUACCAUGAGUGAAUACCGGCUCAUCUCCGGCAUUGUGCACACUGGGGACACCCCCAACACGGGGCACUAUCGAUGCUUCUUUCUUAAGCCACAGUCCCACUCUUCUGAGGUUGAGACGAUUGCUGAAGCCCUUGAAGUGGGAGCCGCAACUUCGGCCCUUCAACUGGUAGACGACGGCAGGACACCGGUCAACACCACAGCUAGGGAUGUACAGCAUAUAAACCGCAACUGGUACAUACUUUUCUUUUCGCGGCAAUAG